AUGGAGCCAAAAUUGACCCAUGUCUUUACUCUUCAAAUACAGGUUCCUCAGUCAAGUGUCCAUCUUGGAACGCAUCCUAGUGGCUCUCACAAGCAUAUUACUCCAUUGAAUGCCGGGCUUUUCCGCGGUGUUCCCAACACCCGAGGCGAAGGCAUGGAUGCCACACUCGUGCCCGGUGGAAGUGACUGGGUGCUACAUGACCCGGUUACGGAUGUGAUGCAGAUUGACGUUCGUACCCAGGGCAAGCUUUCGGAUGGAUCGGGCGUGUCCGUGCAGUACACUGGGUAUCUAAAGAUGGAUGAGAAGGCGAGACGGUUUAUGGCUCGCGGACCGGAUGCUCAAUCCACGGAGUUUGAGGAUCAUGACUGGUGGGUACGACCAGUGAUCGAGACUGGCGUACCUCAGUUCAAGUGGACGGAAUCGAAGCUUUUUGUGGCCCGUGGGCGAUUCAGCGUGGAGAAUGACCAGCGGCUUGUGGAGUAUCAGAUCUUCGAGGUUGGCGUGUGA